AUGAGUUCGGAAGCUGGAAACAUGACUCAGCUCAGCUUCACCGCUCUCUUCGGAACCGCCUGGAACAUGGAGGUGCUCAGGCAGAUCAACCUCUACGACAUCUGGGUCACCAGAUUCGUGCUCAUCGUGCUCGGCUACGCGUCGGUGAUGGUGCCGGGCGUGCUGUUGGUGAGGAUGGUCAGGAGGAGGCGGCAGGGUGAGUUUGGGACUUUGAGUUAUUUUAAAAUUUAAAUAUUAUAUAUUACCUUAACAUAGUCAUGAUUUAACGUUAUCAGCUUGAAUAAGCUUUGUAUGUUAAUUUUCUUUAAGUUUUAAUACUCAAAAAGCUAUAGGAAAUAAAGAAAUAAAUUAGCAUAUUUCAGAGGUCAUAUUAUAUUAUUUUAUGUCACUAGAACUUUGCACCGUGCAGAUUUUUAAAAAACUUUUGAAAUUUGCAUUUAAUUUUAAAAUUUGUAAGGAAAACUUUAGUUUGGUGAUUUUUUUUGUUAUCUUUGCGAUAAUGUUACCUAAACUUUCCAAAAAAAGACUACUUUUGACUUUAGGAGUGAUUCGAAAUGAUUGUAAAAUAAGUUUUAUGUUGCAUGGUGCAAUAAGCUGCCAAUCUUUAUUUAUCUAUUCAGUAAAUGUAUUUAUUCACUCAGUAAAUGUAAUUAUUUACAGACUAAAUGUUUUUUUUUAUCUAUUAACUAAAUUAAUUUCUGAAUUCUGUGAAUCUUUAUCGACGUAAAUCACGUUGCGACGUCUAAUAUAAAAUCUUCAGAUGGCUAUCUCUUCAAUACUAACAUCUUCCUCGACUUUGUGCGCAAAUUCGCUAUCGGACAGCCGGAAUAUCAACUGGUCGAUAAUAAUGGCAACAAGUCGAAACAAGAACAGAAGCCGGCUACAGAGCACGACAAGUUCGUGAAGGAGUGCGUAGCACUGUUACUGUACUCGUUGGGGAUCCAGAUGACGUUGAUAGCGAUGGGCUUCUACCAGGAGAGGAUCAUGACCCAGAGUUACAGUAGGUACUACGAUGCCACCGUCAGCGACAGGUUCGGCGACGCUCAGUUUCUGGUGUUCGCGAAUCGGAUCGUGGCAUUGGUGCUGGUCAUAUGCUAUUUGGCAGUUAAUUGGGAAAGGUAGGUUGUUUUCAGAGUUCUAUAUGAUAAUCUAUAAGCUAUACCUAAGUGUGACUUAACUUAUUGUAUCUUUAGUCAACCGCGACACGUACCACCGUACUACUCCCACUCCUUCAUCUCCAUCUCUAACACACUAUCAUCAUGGUGUCAGUACGAAGCCCUGAAGUACGUGUCGUUUCCAGUACAAACAGUAUGUAAGGCAUCCAAAGUCAUACCUACCAUGGUAAUGGGUCGUAUCUUGCGAGGAGAGAAGUACUCUCUGUUCGAUUACAGUAUGGCGGCGUUGUUGGCCGGUGGUGCUGGUAUCUUCUUGUUAUCCACGAUAGAUUACAGUGUAGAGAGUGAGGACAGUGUGUAUAUUGUUGGUGCUGUGAGUGGUGCUAUCCUCAUGGUCGGGUACUUGGCCUUUGACUCGUUUACUUUGAAUUGGCAGAAGAAGUUGUUCGAUACGCGGCCGAAAGUGUCGCCACAUCAGGUGAGUUACAUCACGACCUUGAUUACUGGGUUUAUACUGUUCAGUACGAGGUCUUGUUGAAGACCGAGUACGAGCAUGAAACCAAGAAAUGUCAUGCUAAAGUAACUAUAAAGUACUGCAAUAUACAGUGCCAUUCUAUAAAACCUUAUACUACUAUACCGUACUAUAUAGCACCAUAACAACUGGUUUUAGAUGAUGCUGGGAGUAAACGGCUUCAGUGCCCUUCUCUGUCUGGUGUCUCUCCUCGAGCAAGGCUCUCUCUUCUCCUCCACCAAGUUCGUACUGCAGCAUGCCAACAUAGCCAGCGACAUCUUCCUCCUCUCACUGUCUGGUGCUUGUGGGCAACUCUGUAUAUACGUUACCAUCCAAAAGUUUGGACCGGUCGUGUUCGCGGUGAUAAUGACAGUACGACAAAUACUGUCCAUCGUUCUGUCUACCUUGUACUUCUCCCACUCCAUGAACAUUAUCAGUGUUCUAGGGCUGGCGAUGGCAUUUGGCUCCAUCUUGACCAACAUCUACAUACGGUACCAGAAGCAGAGACGGAAUGCAAAGAGAACCGUUAGUCCAGCGGUCUGA